CUGUCUUGUGCCGGAGAUCACCUGCUCGGUCGCUGCGAGCCAUAUAGCAAAAUGUCUUCAGGAAAUGCCAAAAUUGGGCACCCUGCCCCCAACUUCAAAGCCACAGCUGUUAUGCCAGAUGGUCAAUUCAAAGAUGUUAGCCUGUCUGACUACAGAGGAAAAUACAUUGUGUUCUUCUUUUACCCUCUUGACUUCACCUUUGUGUGCCCCAUGGAGAUCAUCGCUUUCAGUGAUCGGGUAGAAGAAUUCAAGAAGCUCAACUGCCAAGUGAUUGGUGCCUCUGUGGAUUCCCACUUUUGUCAUUUGGCAUGGGUCAACACACCCAGGAAGCAAGGUGGACUGGGACCCAUGAACAUUCCCUUGGUGUCGGACCCCAAGCGAUCCAUCGCUCAGGAUUAUGGUGUCUUAAAGGCUGAUGAAGGCAUCUCUUUCAGGGGCCUUUUUAUCAUUGAUGAUAAGGGUAUCCUUCGCCAAAUCACUGUAAAUGACCUCCCUGUUGGCCGCUCUGUGGAUGAGACUCUGAGAUUAGUUCAGGCCUUCCAGUUCACUGAUAAACAUGGUGAAGUUUGCCCAGCUGGCUGGAAGCCUGGUAGUGAUACCAUCAAGCCUGAUGUCCAGAGGAGCAAAGAAUAUUUUGCUAAGCAGAAGUGAGCCCUGGCUAGUCUUACGGCCAGGCUGCAGUGAAAAGUAUAAGAACAAACCUUGUUGCUAUUGUCAUACUUUAAACAUGAGACCUUAGACUCAGCCCAUAUGUAUUGGGAUUGGAGCAGUCUUACCUUUAGGGGUUAGGGAGGGGCCAGUCUUCCUUGGUGAGAAUAGCCUGAGUUGUACUUGGGGGCAGGCCAACUGAUGUGUAUGUAUAGUAGAUAAUGCCUUUUGUUUCUAUUAAAGUUGAAUUGAGACCUUGAAAAAAAAA